AUGCCUCAUUUAAACUUAUCAGCGGUUAAUCAAAAUUUACAAUUAUACUAUGAAAUACAUGGUUCAGGUGAGAAUAAAAUAUUACUUAUCAUGGGUUUAUUAACCGAAGGUGCUGCUUGGUCCCGUCAGAUUGAAUUUUUUGCUCCGAAAUCUGAUUAUCAAUGUGUAACAUAUGAUAAUCGUGGAUGCGGUCGUUCAUCUGCUCCAUUAUUUCCAUAUUAUACUACAAAUCAAAUGGCAAAGGAUGCACUUGCACUUAUUGAUCAUCUACAAUGGAAACAAUGUCAUGUUGUUGGUAUAUCAAUGGGUGGAAUGAUUGCACUUGAAUUUGCAUUAUUAGCACCAAAACGAAUUCUUUCUUUAACAUUAUUAGCAACACAUGCUGGUGGUCUUUCUGGACAAGCUCCAUUUUCUGGUAUUAAUCAUAUCUUACAAUCAAUGGUAUUACGUGAUGAGAAUGCUGUAAUAGAAAAUGUUAUGGCAAUGCUUUAUAGUAAAAAAACACUUGCCGAUCCAGAAAAACGAAAAUCGUUUUAUGAUUAUCAUAUUGAACGAUUUCGAAAACGUAUUCCACCAUCACUUAGUGGACUUAUAGGUCAUAUAGCUGCUGUUGUUAGACAUUAUAUUAGUUAUGCAGAUCUACUUAAAAUUCGUUAUUCACCAUUUGAAUGUUUAAUUAUGGUUGGUACUGAAGAUCGACUUGUACGAGAAUCAAAUUCUUAUAUGUUACAACGUGUACUUGGUUGUCGUCUUAUUAAAUGUGAUGGUGCUGGACACGGUCUACAAGGUGAAUGUGUAGAAGAAAUUAAUCAAGAAUUAUUUAAAAUGUUUGAAUCGAUUCGUAAAAAUGAUUCAAUCAAAAAAUCAGACACAAAUAUUUCAAACGAACAUCAAACAGAAAUAUUAGCACUUGAACAAUGUUGUCAACACCGUACACAUUGUCUUGUAUAUGAUAUAAUCGGAUUUGUAAAGGGUCUCUUUCUUGGUAUGAUUCUUUACAGUUCAUUAUCAAUUGUUGGUUUAACAAAGACACAAUUAGCUGGAAUUCAUUUAACCUUCGAAAGUGUUAUAUUACUUGCUUGUUUAAAUGGUCUUCGUCGUUCGAUUGCAUGUGUAUUUCGAACAUUUCGUGCACGACAAUUUGUUAAAAAACAUCAUUUACAACUUGAUCGAGCCACUCAUCAAGGUGGUAUUGGUAUUACAUUACCUGAAAAAUCUAAAACUGGUAUACCAUCUGAUUGUGGUUUUGAAUUUCCUAUUCAUUCGUUAAUAGUCAUUGCGAAUCUCAUUGGUAUUAUUUAUUGGUUACGCCCAUAUGGACAAAAAAUUUAA